GCCCACGUCAGGGGAGAUGUCGGGAUAAAUAGGUCCCGCAAUGGCCGGGGCUGGCUGCGCUCGGAGCUGCCGGGCCGGGGACUGGAGCUACCAGCACGGGUUCACGCCCCGGAGGCUGAGGGCUGGUGCUGCUUGUGCUGCGCGCGCCGGACGGCGUAUACUCCCAGCCGGCCCCCGCGGCCCAGCGUUGCUGCCCACGGGAGUUUGGGACGAGCACAUCCCCUGUUCCCUAAAGGACUUCCUCCUUCGGGAAGGGAGAGAGAAAGCCUAGAGGGACGGGGAGAGAAGGGCCCAUUCUGCCUGUCGGGGUGGCGGCGCGGGAGAGCAGUGCCAUGCUUCUCUCCAUCCUGACCGCGCUCUGCCUGUGGCUGCGCCUGGCGCUGGGCGUGCGCGGCGCGCCGUGCGAGGCGGUGCGCAUCCCCAUGUGCCGGCACAUGCCCUGGAACAUCACGCGGAUGCCCAACCACCUGCACCACAGCACGCAGGAGAACGCCAUCCUGGCCAUCGAGCAGUACGAGGAGCUGGUGGACGUGAACUGCAGCGCCGUGCUGCGCUUCUUCCUCUGCGCCAUGUACGCGCCCAUCUGCACGCUGGAGUUCCUGCACGACCCCAUCAAGCCGUGCAAGUCGGUGUGCCAGCGCGCGCGUGACGACUGCGAGCCCCUCAUGAAGAUGUACAACCACAGCUGGCCCGAGAGCCUGGCCUGCGACGAGCUGCCUGUCUACGACCGGGGCGUGUGCAUCUCGCCCGAGGCCAUCGUCACCGACCUCCCGGAGGAUGUUAAGUGGAUAGACAUCACUCCAGACAUGAUGGUACAGGAAAGGCCUCUUGACAUUGACUGUAAACGCCUAAGCCCUGACCGGUGCAAGUGCAAAAAGGUGAAGCCAACCCUGGCGACAUAUCUGAGCAAAAACUACAGUUAUGUCAUCCAUGCCAAAAUAAAAGCUGUGCAGAGGAGUGGCUGUAAUGAAGUAACUACAGUGGUGGAUGUGAAAGAGAUCUUCAAGUCCUCAUCACCCAUCCCUCGAACUCAAGUCCCACUCAUUACGAAUUCUUCCUGCCAGUGUCCUCACAUCCUGCCCCACCAAGACGUUCUCAUCAUGUGUUAUGAGUGGCGCUCACGGCUGAUGCUUCUUGAAAAUUGUUUAGUUGAAAAAUGGAGAGAUCAACUUAGUAAAAGAUCCAUACAGUGGGAAGAGAGACUGCAGGAACAGCAGAGGACAAUCCAGGACAAGAAGCGCACAGCGGGGCGCACCAGUCGCAGUAACGCCCCGAAACCCAAGGGGAAGCCGCCUGCCCCCAAACCAGCCAGCCCCGAGAAGAACAUUAAAGCUAGGAGUGCGCCAAAGAGAACAAACCCAAAACGAGUGUGAGCUAACUGCUUUCCAAAAUGGGGACUUCCUCUCAGGGUGAGGCCAGGCAGUACCCAGGCAGCCUGUAGAAGGCCAUACACCCCUUGCCUUAACAACUGCAGUCCUUUGCAUAGACACAUCUUGCAGCAUUUUUCUUAAUGAUACGCUUCAAUUUUUCUUUUUAAGUCACUACAAGCCAUAGUGGUAGGUAUGCCUUUUGGUAUGGAAGGUAUAGGAAAGCUGGUCGAAAGAGCUUAUUGAGUUGAGAAUAAACCGUGUGCAUACUCUGUGGGAGCUCCACAUGGGGAAAGAUGGUUUUGUUCUUACAAUUUGACCUAAUAUGUGCAUUGUAAAAUACAUGCCAUAUUACAAACAAAACAUCCAGUUUUUUUUUACGAUAUGUUUUAUUUCGGUUGGUUGUUAGGAUGUUAGCGAUUUUUUAAAAUGUGAUUGAAAAUGUAAUGUUUCUAAGGAGGAAAUCAAGAGGAAUGAAUGUCUAAAAGAUCUUAUGUGUUUACUGUUUGCAGAAGAAUUUUUGUGAUGAAAGGGGAUUUUUGAACAAUCUAGAAAAGUAGGAUAUGGAACAUUGUAAUGAGUUUGGUUUUUUGUUUUUUGUUUUUACAAAGAAGCCUUUCUGCUCUGUUUUUAGCUAGAAGCUCUAAAAAUGAAAACAAUAGUAUUGUUAAAUAAAUAAAAGGGAAAGGCAGACAGACAAAGUCUGGAUCCUUGUUUUCUAGUUA